GCGGUUUAAGGUUCUGUGACUUUUGAUUGGUCAGAUCACCCACCUAUAAAACUGAAUGCAUGCAGUGAGCUGCACUCCUUCUGGGUGUAGUGAACCAGCAAUGCAUUUGUACCUGCUUCUCUCGCUCUGUGUGUCUCUGUUGGCUCAGACACACAGCAGCACUUCAGGGACUGACAUCUCGGACUCAGACAUAAAGACGGUGUCUGAGUUACUCUAUAAGCUGGAUGUCAACAAGGCCUCGUCCGCUGAACUUGUCAUCGACCGUCAGGCCCUGAUUCCUGACUCUGAGACCGGCUUGGAGAAGGACCUCUCCCCCCGCACGCUAUUCAAGUUUGUGGAUGAGGAAUCCCUAUUCUCCAAGCCCACGUUCUCCGCCCUCCUGGCUCUGCUGGACAACUACCACAGGCAGACUGGACAGACUGAGAACUUUUCAGAAGCUCAGGUGUCUGAGCAGGACAGGUUCCUCCAUGAGGUCAUCUCCAAGACUGAUGUGGGAAGGGAGCUCUACUUUUUCUUCCGCAACAAAGGCCGCUACAGCUCAGAGGCAGAGUUUAUACAGGACCUGAAGAUGAUGUGGUUCGGUCUCUAUUCUCGCAGCAGCAACAAGAUGGAUUCCAGUGGUUUUGAACACAUCUUUGCAGGAGAGAUUAAAGGCGGUAAGGUGUCUGGUUUCCACAACUGGAUCCGGUUUUACCUUCAGGAGAAGGAGGAAUCACUCAACUACUACAGUCACAGCUUUGAUGGACCUUGGACCACUUUCCCUGAUGUGAUGGGCAUGCAGUUCGAGUGGGGCGGCUACUUCAAGCAAGUUGGCUCCUCCAUUAUUGGCAGCAGCCCGGAGUUUGACUUCGCCCUCUACAGCCUGUGCUACAUCAGUAGACCAGGGAAGCGAUGUCACCUCAGCGUAGGAGGGAAGGCAAUGAGCAUCCAGACCUAUACCUGGGAUAACUCGUCAUACGGGAACGGGAAGAAGUACAUCGGCUCGGCCUACCCGGCCACCCCUUAAGACACCUGCGCUCCGUCAUGGCGCAAACGGCAAAUACAAACCCAGCUUGAUCAGACGUUUUAUUGCUGUUAAUAGAUUUGAGACUCUUGCUCUGUCUAUAUCAUUCUCUAUUCUCUGUCCACCUCUGAAUGCCAUUGUAUGUAGCCCCUAUAUUAGCGCCCAAAACCUUCGCUGUGAUUUUACUCACUUGCUCUUCCCAUACAUCAGCUGCAAAAUGUUAAUUUAAAAUCUAAAGGGCAAACUUGAAAACUCUUUUUCAAUACUUAUACAUAUAAAACAUAUAAAAACAUUUCCUCAAAGUUAAACCAGUACAUCACUGUAAAAGUGUGACUUAACAUACAUAACAUAGUGACAAAUAUAUGAUGAAUAUUAUUAUUCUAAAUUCUUGCCACAGUGCCAAUACCGACAUCAUGACUCAACUGCGCCAUGACUUAGCAUAAAGCUAAGUAGGUAUAAUCCACUUGUGGAAGCCAUGUUGGACAUGACCCAGUGAGGAAGCCCAGCGAUGUACCCUUUGGCUCGCAGUAUUAGAACCACCCUUGUCUAGCACGUCAGAAACCCUCCAUCAGACGCAGCAAUGUCACGUGGUGUCUCUCUGUUAUUCUACUUACAUGUAAUCGUGAGAAUGACAUUCUCUGUGUUUUAAUUGAUAUUUACAUAUACCAUAUUUUGAAAUCAUUAGAUGUUUGUAGAAAACUAAAUACUUCUCCUCUGG